GAAGGCAUUAGAACUGGAUCUAUGUCUUUGCUGAAGAAGACACCAUAUUUGUUGAAGUUGAUAAGUUGACUAGAGGUUUCUCCAAAAAUAUUAAGGAUAUCCUUAAGAUUUUGGGCUUCAGUAGUCGACCGUCUAACACUUCAUUUUCCAUGUUUUGUUAAAAAAAAUGCUUACGACGGGAGUGGAUCCCAGGACCCGAUCUCAAUGAUACUGAUCAACAAUACAGAGUAAAAAAGUCGAUAUCAAAGAGAUGAGAGGAGGAGGACGAAAGGGGGUAAUUGUGAAAAAGGGGAUACAACUUGUUGAAGCAGCAGCAGCAGCAGCAUGCCUCACCCCAUUUUGAAUCCCUUCAUUGCAUGCAUCAAUGGAGGAAAAAAGAGAGCAAUUUCGGGAAAAAAAUCAUGCAAUCUAAAAAUUGAUCAAGGAGAAGAGGAGAAGGAGCAGCAGAAUGUCAUGGAAAGAGGAUCGAGUAGUUAUCUUCCCGAGGAAUUGAUGAUUGAAAGUAUUUUGACGAGGUUACCAGCCCGGACUCUAGCAGUUAGCUGUUGCGUCAGUAAGUUAUGGGGCGACUCACUUGUCCUCUCUUAUUUACGACCUACUGGGGGAUACAUCUAUGUGUGUCAUGGUUUUGGUUUUGAUUCAUUAUCACAAGUAUACAAGGUUGUCGCUGUUUUCGCUUCAAAAGCCAGCCACAAAUUUCUUUGCAUGGUCGUUACACUGGUAACUAUGUCAUGGAGAAAGAUAACUACUACUACUUUUGGUAUGGCACCGCCACCGGGUUCUUCUCCUUUUCCUAGUCGAAUGCUUACCAGAGUUUCGAGAACGUUAUGUAGACAAGCCACCUUUUGCGGGGGUGAUCUCUUUUGGAGGACGAAGAAUAAAGUUGUUAAUAAUGAUGACAAGAUUGAAAUGUUGCUCUCCUUCGACCUCCACAAUGAGAAGAUUCGCUUCAUUCGACUCCCGGCUGAAUGUACUCCGAUAACAGCGCCACAUGAGCGUCAGGAUUUAGUUGUUGAUCAUCUUCUGGAGUUUAAAGGAUACCCUUGUAUUGCACGUUCUGAGAGGAGGUCCAACAGUAUUUAUCAUUGUGGCCAUUGUUGUAAUUAUCAGACCGGGUUUUGUUGUUGUUGUUACAAGAUCCAUAUGUAUAUAUUGAAGGACAAGGACAAGCAAGUAUGGACCAGGGAGGAAACUUUUGAUGUUCAGAAUAUGGAUCAGGAAGGUUUGCUACCACCUCCUCUCUGUCGGUACUUUGACACUUCUGAUGCCAUGCCUCCUACACGUAUAUCGACUUGCUCUGAUCAGGUGUUCUUGUAUUGGUUUAAUGGGGAACGUCUUAUAUUCUGCAAUUUGCAAGAGAAACAUCUCAAGGUGGUGGAAUGCUCCCGCUCCUAUCCUAGUAUUUUUCGGUCUAAGAUGAACGAAGACCUAGAGCGUUGCAUUGGUGGUGAUGAUGAUAAUAUUUAUUGCCCGUCCAUGGAUUAUCAGCUGCAUGCUAAAGUGGAAAACAUAAUUUCUCUAAAUACCUUCAUUCCUAAAGACUCUAAAAUUAGUGAAGUUGAUUGUGUUGAUGAGCUGAAGCACCUUGUCGAUAACAACCUAGCUACAGGAUGGCUGAUAUCGGGAAGAAAUAAACACACUUAUUAUGUUUUCUUUUAGUUUUGUUCAGUUUUUAAUUCAGACUUCAAAUUUUUAUUUGAGUGUUGUUUAUCUGUUUAUUUAUUUAAUGAAGAUCUAUGCUCAGUGGCUUGUUUUGUAGUUU